GUUGGCGACGAGUCAGAAGCGUCAACUUGACAAGGCGUUAAAAGAGCGUCCUGACAGUCAGCGAUCAAAGAUCAGGAAGUGAAGCCCGAGCAGCAGCAGCACACUCAAUCGACCCGCGUGGACAAGCCAGCAGAGUUCAUGUGUGACAUAUACAGCCUUGACCCACACGGCGUGUCUCCACCAUGCAACAUGAGUUGGGCGAUGGAGCCCGCGAACUUCUACGAGAACGCCAAGCUGGGGGGUAUGCAGCCGGGCCCGUGCAAGCCGGCCGUACGGGGGGACGAAGGGGUCACCAUGGCGGAACUCACCGCACCGGCCAUGUAUGACGACGAGAGCGCCAUUGACUUCAGUCAGUACAUCGAGUCCAUGACGUCCGUGCCCAACUUGGAGCUGUGCAACGACGAGCUCUUCCUCGACCUCUUCAACACGGUCAAGCAGGAGAAGGCGGAGCUGUACGCCGCGCAGGGCGCAGUGCUGCCCGGCUGCGCGGUCCCAUACGCAGCGGAGCGGAGAUCGGACUCGGUGAUGCUGAACAAGCGUCCGUUCGGGAUCCCCAUCAAACAGGAGUCCGAUUGGAGCGACAGCGACAUGUCGUCGUCGCUGCCGUGCCAGAUCGAAACCUGCGCCCAGACCUCGGUCAGCCUCCAUACGGGGCAGCCGACGCCGCCCACCACGCCGGAGCCCGUCUCGGCGAAGGGCUCACCGCGCAAGUCCGGCCGGGAGAAGACGAAGAAGGCGGUGGACAGGUUCAGCAUGGAGUACCGACAGCGGCGAGAGAGGAAUAACAUCGCCGUGCGAAAAAGUAGAGACAAGGCCAAGAUACGCAACAUGGAGAUGCAGCAGAAGCUGAUCGAACUGAGCUCCGACAACGACAGACUGCACAAAACCAUCGAGCAGCUCACCCGGGAGCUCGGCGGACUCCGAGAGUUCUUCAAGCAGAUGCCAGGCAACUCCUUUGCGGGGAGCAUCAGCGCGGAGGCUCGGUGACCAAGUGACGCCUCCAUGCGUCUGCCCCCAGCCAGUCCUCCGUUUUUCGAACGAACUGAUUUUGUGAAGACAUACCUCAGAGACAAUUUGUUGUUUACCAUCUGUACCAGAUGUAUUUUAAGCUUACCAUAAUGGCACUGGAAACUAUAUGACGUUGCUGCCAUCAUUUUUGUGGGAUUUAUUUUUCUCUCUUUGUAUUCUUAAAUUAUUUUACCACUGCAUUUACAUGUCAUACAUACCUGCCAUGGUACAUGUUUUAUAAUUCCAAAUUUUGUAUAAGAGCCAGAGCAUGAUCUUUUUUUCUAUAGUUUGUAUGAACCGUUUUGUCUGGAUGCUAUAAUAAAAAAAACUGUUGUAAAGGUACACACUA